AUGUCCAAGCCAACACUCACUUUCGUCACAGGCAACGCCAACAAGCUGCGCGAGGUACAGCAAAUCUUUGCGCUCUCUCCCACCUUUCCCUACGAGCUCACCAACAAGGACCUCGACCUGCCAGAGAUCCAAGGCACACCCAGGGAUGUAGCUCAGGCCAAGUGCGCAGCAGCAGCCAAAGCUCUCGGCGGGCCCUGCAUCACCGAAGAUACCGCACUCGGCUUCCAUGCGCUCGGCGGGCUUCCUGGACCCUACAUCAAGGACUUUAUGAAGACCAUCGGACACGACGGACUCAACAAGCUGCUCGAUGGCUUUGACGAUCGUUCCGCCUCUGCCAUCUGCACGUUCGCCUACUGCGCCGGUCCAGACCAACCCGUCGAGCUUUUUGAAGGCAAGACCCAAGGCGUCAUCGUUCCUCCUCGCGGGCCGACAUACUUUGGCUGGGACCCGAUUCUUGAGAUCAAGGGCACCGGGUUGACGUAUGCAGAGAUGGACCCGAUACAGAAGAACACGCUUUCUCACCGGUACAAGGCGCUUGCCUUGUUGCAAGAGUAUCUUGUCGGCCUUAGCAACAAGGUCUAG